CAUAAGCUAGGCUGGAGGUGAACCAGGACCAGAAUAUCCUACUAUCUUAGCGUUUUCAAUAGUCGUCUCGCCUUUUCACAAGAAUUUAUUCUCUGUAUUUCAUGUGACUAUCAGUUUUUGUGCCAGUAAUCUCUUACAUAAAUCUCAAGUUAUAUCAAUUUUUGCAGGUUAAGAGGUGUCCUGUAUCUUGCUUAACAUCUUCGCUGUAUCAAAAUGGGUGGUGUACUUGGAACAAGUGGCUCAACCGAGCAGAGUGUGCUAGUGUCAAAGCUUGAAGCAAAGAUGGUUGAAGCAAUGCGAGAAAGGGCGUUAAAAGGGACUUCCAUGAAGUCAUUCAACAGCAUUAUUUUGAAAUUUCCAAAAAUCGAUGAAAGCUUAAGGAAGUGCAAAACCAUCUUCCAGGAAUUUGAUGAAGAUUCCAAUGGCACAAUAGAUAAACAAGAAUUGCAUCAUUGUUUCAAGAAACUGGAGAUCAAUUUUUCAGAAGACGAGACAGAUGAUCUCUUUGAAGCGUGCGAUAUGAAUGAAGAUAUGGGAAUAAAUUUUAAUGAGUUCAUUGUUCUUAUUUGCCUCGUUUAUCUCCUCAAGGAACCGAGUGCUGCUCAAGAAAAAUAUCAGAUGGGGUUUCCAGAUCUUCAAGCAACAUUCGAGACUUUGGUUAAUACUUUUGUAUUCUUGGACAAGAACAGGGAUGGAUAUGUUAGCAGGACCGAGAUGGUACAAGCUAUUAAUGAGACUACAACAGGUGAACGGUCUUCUGGACGCAUAGCCAUGAAAAGAUUUGAAGAGAUGGACUGGGAUAAAAAUGGAACAGUCACCUUCAAGGAGUUUCUGUUUGCUUUUACUCGUUGGGUGGGGAUCGACGAAAAUGAAGACGACGAUGAAGAUGAAGAAUGAGUUCAUUGAGUUCUUAUGUCCUUUUUUUUGGCUUUACAAACUUUUUUGAACUUUGGCCCUUCGAAGUAUAAAGAGUUAGCCACGUAUGACAUUCCCGUGACGAUAUUUGCGUCUUUAUUUCUCUCUAACCGCAAUUUUGAUAUUUGGGGGGGUAUAUGUCAUGUAAAUAGAUCAAGAAAGCUGAGACUUCUUAUGCUAGCUUACGAAGAACCAGAGAAUCUCAAUGUCAGCGUUAGUACCUCUGUGAUUCCCUUUAUUCUCUCUCUUAGAGGUGUAUUGCUUUUGGCUUGAAUUUAUGAAUGUUUGAGAAAAAACAUGAGAGAGGCAUUGUGAUCAGAAGGCACUAAUUCAUGAUGGUGAUUGAA